AUGGCGGCACUCGAGACUCAGCCCAGAUAUAUUUAUAAGAUCGUCCCCUCUACAGCUCCUGUGCGGGAGCCGAUACCUGAUCGACUGCCAGUCAGUCAGCUGGAUCAAGACUCAGGCUUCAUUCAUCUUUCGAUGGCGUCUCAGGUCCCUAAUACCCUUAAGCUCUUCUUCAGCGAAGAGCCUCUGGUGUAUAUUUUGCGCAUUCACUACGCAGAUAUCAUUCAGGAUAUUCGGUGGGAGUCGCCAGAUGGGACAGUGUGCGGCCCGCGUCCCGGGGAAGGACUUUUUCCGCAUCUGUACAAUGGCCUCAAACUCGGCAGAGAAGAGGUCGAAAGCGUGGCAAUCUGGCAGAACGAGGAAGGUUGGGACAAAGCUCUAGAUGGCGCAAAACCGUGGCUCCUGUACUAG